CGGAUUCCUUCCACACUUUGUUUUCAGCCAUGCCGGAGCAGGGGCUUUUCAGGUUCGCAAGCAUGACUGUGGUGUGGAGGAUCCUGCUGCUGUUGGCCUGGAUCUGCAUCUGCCUUCCUGUCGAGGCUGGAGGUGCUCUGGUUGUUUCCAGGAGUGAUGCUCUGACACAGGAGCCCAAAGAAUCCAUGGAUGCCAGAUCUAUGAAGUAUUUCUGUCUCUGUUUUUCCCUCCUCGAUAGAAACGAAGCACAGACCCUGCAAACAUGGUGGAGGUUCACAGUGUCAGAGUCGCCUGUGCAGUGAUGUCUCGCUUCGCCCGCACCGUCAUGACCUCGAAGGCUUUGAACAAAGCAAACCACUCGCAGGAAAUCUUCUUCAACGUGGAGCUGCCAAAGACGGCCUUCAUCACCAACUUCAGCAUGGAAAUUGACGGUCAGAUGUACGUUGGAGAGGUGAAGGAGAAAAAGACAGCAAAGGAGCAGUAUGAUAAGGCUGUUUCCUCUGGACGGACCGCUGGACUGGUCAAGGCCUCCGGGCGAAACAUGGAGAAGUUCUCAGUGUCUGUGAACAUCGCAGCGGAGAGUUACGUGACCUUUAUUCUGACCUACGAGGAGCUGCUUCAGAGGAAAUUCGGCCAGUAUGAGAUUUUAACACGCGUCAAACCUGAGACACUCGUGCAGGACUUUCAGAUUGUGGCAGACAUCUAUGAGCCUCAGGGCAUCUCCUUUGUUGAGGCCACUGCAACGUUCCUCACCAAUGAUCUGCUUCCUCUGGUGGAGAAAACGGUCACGGACAAAAAGGCACACAUUUCCUUCUCACCAACACUGGAGCAGCAGAGAAACUGUAGAGGAUGUGAAGGCACCGCCAUCAAUGGAGAUUUCGUCAUCAACUACGAUGUUAAAAGAAAAGGGGGCCUCGGGGAAGUGCAGAUUGUGAAUGGACACUUUGUGCACUUCUUCGCUCCCCCGGAUCUGCCCAGAGUUCCAAAGAAUGUGGUGUUUGUGAUCGACAGGAGCGGAUCAAUGAGCGGAACCAAGAUGGUGCAGACCCGCGCCGCAUUGGUCGCCAUUCUGAGCGACCUCCACGUGGAUGAUCACUUUGCUCUCAUCGCAUUCGACAACAAAAUUAUAACCUGGAAGGAUUUUCUUACCAAGGCAACGAAGGAAAACGUGACUGAAGCCAUUGCCUUUGCCAAGAAAAUAAAAGACAAUGGAGCCACUAACAUCAAUAGUGCUGUUUUGAAGGCGGUGAGCAUGUUGAAAAAAGAACGAAGCCAGAAGAAGCUUCCAGAGAGGAGUGUGGACAUGAUUAUUUUACUAACUGAUGGGAUGCCAAACUCUGGAGUGUCCAGACCGGCGACGAUCCAGGAGAAUGUGCGUGAUGCAGUUGGAGGGAACAUGUCUCUCUUCUGUCUUGGAUUUGGAAAAAAUGUGGACUACUCCUUCCUGGAUGUGAUGAGCAAACAGAACAAAGGAGUCGCCCGCAGAAUAUAUGAAGGUUCGGACGCAACGCUUCAACUCCAGGGUUUCUAUGAGGAAGUGGCCAACCCUCUGCUCUUGGACGUAAACCUCCGUUAUCCUGACAACGCAGUGGACCUGUUAACCAAGAAACACUUCAGCCAAUUGUUUAACGGCUCAGAGAUUGUGGUGGCCGGCCGUCUGCAUGGCAAUGACAUGGACAACUUCCUGGUGGAAGUCAUUGGCGAGGGGCCUGACCAGAACUUCCAAGUGCAGGGAAAGGCAAAUGUGCAAAACUGGGAUGUGAUCUACCCAGAAGAGGAGUACAUCUUUGGGGAUUUCACAGAGCGUUUGUGGGCAUACCUCACCAUUCAGCAGUUACUGGAGAGCAGUGGUUCUGAGCAAGAUAAAGCCAAGGCACUGGACAUGUCUCUGCGGUACAGCUUUGUCACCCCUCUCACCUCCAUGGUGGUCACCAAGCCGCAGACUGAGGAUGGACCUGACAGCCCUCUCAUUGCAGACAAGCUGACUGAGAGCCAGCGACAGCAUGAAGAGAAACACCCACAGCGUCCAGUUAGUAGCUCUAGUGCUGCUAGCUCCAGUGCUGCUAGCUCUAGUGUUGCUAAUUCCCAUCGUCCCAGUUCCCGUGUUUCCAGCUCUCGAGGUACCAGUUCGCGAAGUUCCAGUUCUCACUCAGAUGUGGACGGAGACCCUCAUUUCAUGAUAGAACUGCCAAACAGAGGCGAUGCCCUGUGCUUUAACAUCAACGACAAACCAGGAACCAUUUUAACUCUGGUCAGAGAUCCAAAAUCAGAUUUUUUGGUGAAUGGCCAAAUUAUAGGCAAGAAGACAGUUGUUCCUGAUGCUAACGCCAACACCUACUUUGGGCGUUUUGGCAUCAGCCACCAGAAGCUGGGGGUGAGGCUGGAGGUCAGCACUGAGGAAAUCUCCGUCUUCCAUGACGGUAAACACGUUAAGCUGCUGUGGUCAGAUACAGCAUCUAUCAAGGAAACCAAUAUGGACCUCAAGCUUACAAAGAACUGCAGCCUGACUGUGACGCUGAGGCACUACGUUAAAUUCAUGGUCAUCAAACACACAAAGGUGUGGAAGAGACGCCACGAUCAGCAGGACUACCUGGGUUUCUACACUGUGGACAGUCACCACGUGCCUGCUUCAGUUCAUGGCCUGCUUGGUCAGUUCUAUCAUGGGGUAGGUAUGUUUGAGGUGGCAGACCUGCACUCAGGAGAAAUCCAGGAGAAAUUAGAUGCAACCUUGUAUGUGAAGGGACAGCGAGUCAACGUGACCAGACACUGGCAGAAGGACUUCAGUGAAGACGUGAAGAACGGGGAAAGUAUCCCCUGCUGGUUUGUUAACAAUGAUGGCGCAGGACUCAUUGAUGGAAGAGCCUCAGACUAUAUUGUGUCGGGGCUUUUUAAGACGGUUUGAAUGUUAAAAACUGAAAAACAGUGACGGCAGAUUCUCACGAGUCACGACGCUGAUCCACAAGCAUAAAAACAAAUGGGAAAACAACAUUUUAGUUGAAGAUAAUAUAAAAUUGUGGUUUAUAAAUCCAGCCUGAGCAACAUGUUGUUUUGAAUGCGGUUAUAUGUCUGCACUCGUUAUUUAGUAGCUUAUAUUGCAACAAUAACAAGUUGUCAAAGAAUUCGUGCAAAAUCUAAGGCGUGUUUUAUAAAGUUUAGAUUAGGGCUGCAAUGCUUAAUAGAUCACUAAAAUAAUCUCAAUAACUAUUUUAAUAAAUCAGUGUUUUUUAAUGAAUGAAAAGCAAAAAGUAAACAAAUAAUGCAGUUAAGAAUUGUUAUUUCCCUUUUUUCUGCCAGUGGUUUGUGCUUCUUUUCUUUUCUUCUUUUAAUAAACAGAGGCUUCUCCUAUUUAGGGAAAUAAUUAAGGAAUCAAAUAACCAAAGGCAGUAUUUCAAAAUUCCAAAAAAAACUGUUAUCACAAAUAUUCAGUGUAAAUAUUAAAAAAAAUAAAUGCUCAGAAACUAUGUAGAAUUAAACAUAAACCUAUUAGGCGAGUCAUUUUAACCCUGUAAAAUGACUUGCCUAAUAAUCUACAUAAUUUUAAAUCUGCAACAUCUUUAAGAACGUGUUUCGCGCUUUUAUCUUGGGAACACAUUUUCCCAAAACCCCCCUUUCCUCCAAACUACACAUGGUACAUUCCCUCAAGAACCUGCCAUAAAAGGAGACUGGUGUGGUAGUUCCUGAUCUUGAAAUUAUAUUUAAAAAAACAAAACAAAACCACAAAAUGUUGUCACCAUCUCUAAAGAUAGGUGUCAAUUCAUAUUCCCAAGUGUUAAUCUUUAAGGUAACUCACCAACUGAACUCCAGAUACCUGCCAGAUUAUGCCGGGAUGAGACUACACAACAUUUUUGUCUUCUGCAAUGGUCACCUGUCAUCAGAUUAUCGAUCACAGUGGCAUGGAUUCUCGCUGUGUAAGGUAUGACCCAGUCAUCGUUCACGACACUAGGCGGUCAUCGGGGAGGCGGGGCAAAGAGUUGUCAAUCAUUGACCCUUGAGGAGACAUCAAAGAGGCAGCGGUAACUGUUGCCAAAAGUCAACGAAAUGUUGGAUUAAUUGAUUAUAAAAAAGAAUCCGUAGCUGUAGCCCUGGUUUACAUAAUUUAGAUCAGUGGUCACCAACGUGGUGCCCGCGGGCACCUGGUAGCCCGCGAGCAGCCAACGAGGUGCCCGCGGGCUCAUUUCACUUCACCUCACUUGUAUGUAUCCAUAUGAUCACUGAGUAAAAUGUCCUUGAUAUUGUUUAUAAAAACUGUGAUAAUCA